AUGAGCCUUCGAGGAAAAAUUGCCAUCGUCACCGGCGCCUCGCGCGGAAUCGGCGCCGGGAUUGCCCUCGAUCUCGCAAAACAGGGUGCAAACCUCACCCUGAUCUAUACUUCCGCGAGCAGCGAUCAAGCAAUCAACCAGCUCUGCGACCAAAUCCACUCUCUAAACAACGGCUCCACAGCGAUCAAAGUUCAAGCCGACCUCCGACAUUCAGACGCCCCGGCCCAAAUCCUCGCUGCCACGUUCGACGCAUUCCCCAAUGCCAAUAACAAGAUCGACAUCCUAGUCAACAACGCUGGCGUAUCCCUAUGCAAGAACCUCGCUGACACAACUGACCACGACAUCUCCUCCGUCUUCGACAUCAACGUCUACGGCUUGAUAAGCAUGACCAGAGCGGUGAUCCCGCAUCUCCGCGCCCCAGGCCGAAUCAUCAACCUCAGCUCUGUAGCGGCUCGGCGCGGAUCGCCCGGUUUCUCGGUGUACUCCGCCUCCAAGGCAGCGGUGGAGGGGUUCACGAGGUCGCUGGCGUGUGAAUUAGGCCCUGUGGGGUGUACGGUUAAUGCGGUUCAGCCUGGGGCGGUGGAGUCCGAUAUGUUGCGCCGGGAGGUGCCUGAGCAGUUAAUCGCCUAUAUUCAGGAGAAUACGCCGUUAGGCCAUCGGAUUGCCCUCCCGGAAGACACAGCGAGGGUUGUGACGUUCCUAGCGGGGGAGGGGGCGGGGUGGGUAACGGGGCAGAGUAUUUGCGUUAGUGGGGGGUUGCAUAUGAAUUAG